AUGCCAAAGCGACCCUACGAAGGGCGCGUUGGCAAGAAGGUCAAGCGUCGCCGUCGUCACCUUUAUGUUGUCAUGAAGGACGAGGACGGUAGAUGCGGUAUCCACAAAUUUGAUUUAUCUACGAAUCUGUUGGACGAUGGCCACCCAGUUGUGGAGGUUCUACCGCCCGCUCUCAACCAUUUCGAUUCUCCCUCGAGGGGAUUCUUUGUGGCCUUCGGCACCAAGAUCAUGGUAUUCCAUUCAAAAUCGGACAAGAUCGGCCCCCCUUUCUUUGAUGUUAGCACUCACAACAUGGGUCAGGGUCCUCGGACCAGGUCACGUCUUUCUCAACCCAUAUAUCUGCCGGUUUGUGACAAGCUUGUUGCUCUGGAUGGCAACCACUCGGAGCUUCUUUAUCUUCCUCCACUGGAAGGGAAAUGGUUGCGGUGUAAGCUCCCAAACCUUUCCUUCAACCUCCAAGACAUUAUCUCUCACGCUGUGCACCCUGACGGCCGGACCAUCUUUGUCAGCUUCAAGAGUUACUCAUCCACCGCCACAUUUUCCCUUGAUACUGGGUCGGAUCAUGCUAGGUGGAGGUUUCAUGGCAUGUGGGGGCUGCCGUUCACAGGUCGUGCUCACUUUGUCCCAGGGCUCAACGCCUGGGUUGGGCUUUCUGGUGAUCAGGACACGCUUGGCCACCUUUGCUCCUGUGAUGUCGUGUCCACUGAUCCUGAUUCCAGCAACAAGCAUUCCCCACCACCAUGGAAGCUUGGUAAGGAGAAACUGUUCUGCAAGAAAUCAUUCGAGGAACACGUAGGAGCCAACCUUUUGUACCUGGGAGUCGAAACGAAUUUCUGCCUUCUGCAUUAUUUCAGUGUUAAAGAUGAUGAUUGCAUGCCGCAUUUGCUUCGAUUGCUUACUUUCUCUGUCAAGUAUGAUAAGAAUGGAGACAUCUGGACCUGCCGAAUUCUAGAGUCUAGCGUGAAUGGUGCAAGGUGGACCAAAUCACGUCGCCGGCGCAGAUGCUACAAGCUUCCUAGCGCAGCAACGAUUCUCGAUCCUGCCCUGCAGGUUCCUGUGGCAUUCUGGAUGUAG